AUGUCGAAUAAAGAUGAUGAUCGACGUCUUUUUGAACACUUUGUGAUCGCUGGUCUCUCACAGGAAGCCCCUGAACAAGCCACUCCGUCAUCACAAGAAUUUGGCUUCCGAAACAGUUCUCCUCUGGCUCCAAUUACUGAUAUCUGUGUCAUAUUCCCAAGUCUCGGUGAAACGGCUCCCGAAGGAUACGAAAUAAUUGAAACCACACAAUUGGGGUACCCUGCUGAUUUGAACCAUGGCUCAAUACGUAUGCCGAGCGUGUUUCUCUGCUAUCGCAGAGGAUACCACAAGCCUCCAUUGCUCGACAUCGGAUUGAUUGAAUAUGGUCGAGGAGAAAAGCCUAUGGUGGAUACUAACAUCGUGCAGACAACACCUUUUGGACGCCCGGCAAAUGUCAAUAAUGCGUCUCAAAAUAUAUUUUUAACGUAUCGGCGGGCUGUUCCGAGUAGUGCACCGAGCCAAUUCGUUGUAACCGACAUUUGUGUUAUACUUGCCAAUAAGGGCGAAAUUCCUCUGCAUACUUACUAUAAAAUUCCUAAGAAUUUGAAUAAGGGUAUGGUUGGAUCGGAUGUAUACAUCUGUUACAAAAAAUCACAGUGCUCCACAAAACGAUUGGCAUAUAAACCAUCAGUUCUCGACUAUUUUCCGAAAGGGAAAUCCGGAGAUAGUAAUGAUGAUGACUUCAAAUUGGCUCAGAAUAUAUCUCUGUUUUGUCUUCCUAUGGGUGCACUCAUUGAAUGCUGGCCGGUUAAAUGCCAACCACCUGACAGAGUUUUCUCAACUUUCGUUCUUACUGACGAGAAUGGGACAAAGUUUUAUGGCGCUUCUGUUUCUUUCUUUGAAAAGUAUGAUGAAAAGUUGUCGGAAGAGCAGCUAGAACAACUGGAGCUCAAUUCAACAGGUCGGACAGAUGAAGCUGGUGCAGUGGAGGAUAGCUCUAGUAACAAUGAUCCUGCUGACGAGAUGACUUUUUACACAAACGUUGCCAUAUGCAUCAUCUCGCGAUAUCCGUUUUUCAAUUCAUUUAAACGUUUCCUUUAUUACAUCCACAGAAUGUCUAUAGGAGGAGGAGUGCACGCUGUACCGAUUGAACGUUACAUUUCUCAUCUGAUGUUCGAAGUGUCUUUUCCUACACCACGCCGUCCAUACGUUCUCAUGCAGCUGGGAUCUGAAACAAUCAGCUUCGACUCAUACGACGAAAGCCAGUUACCUCUGAAUGGCGCUCAGCUGUGUGACACGUUGAGAGCACUCGGCACAGAUAACCUUAUAUACCUGAUGAUGCUGGCGUUAUUGGAACAGAAAAUAUUGGUCCAUUCGCUGAGAUAUUUCGACUUAUAUGAAGAUCCGCCACCUGAUGUGACUUGCUUCGAUCUGGACACGGCCACGAUAAGUCAGUCGUUGAAUCGACAAACACUAAAACUGUCAAUUCUCCCGAAGAAACCAACGAAACAGUUGAAGGCUACCUUGGAUGAUCUAUUCAGAAGGUUGAAUAAAGAAGCCUUCGACCUUGGAAGCAAAAAAGCAGACUACGUUCCUGUAGAUCGUGAAAUGGUGAUACAAAAGAAGCGAAAAGAGCUGGAGAUGGCGAUCCACGACGCGUUUUUAAGGUUCAUGGCCAAUUUAAUGCGUGGGUACCAGUCAUUCUUGAAGCCCAUCAAAAGCGCACCAUCAAGUAUAAGCGCAACUGACACAGGAAACCUAUUCGAUUUAGACGGUUUUUUAAAAUCAAGGGAUAAAUCCGGGAUGGAGUUUUUCAAAAGGUUCGGCGCAACUCAGUCUUUCAUGCGUUUCAUCGAAGAGCGUAGCUUCAUAUCCGAUAAGAGCACUUACAACGCUUUCUUUGAUGAUUGUAUAGCGAAGGUGGACGGAAGUGAAGGAGUUGAUGUGCCUCUUCUUGAAAGUGAUUCCUCAGCACACAUAAACAAUACUUCUGUAUUCAUUGCACCUCCUGAACCGAUCAUUGAUCCAGCUACGGGACUUGAGCGUGAAUUCAAGUACGAGCGGUUCCCCCGUCGUUUGGAUCCUGCAUUAUUUCAGCUGGAUCAACUGAAUUUAAAUCGCAGCGCAGAACACACUGUGCCAGUACAGUAUGAACACAACCGAUGUGCUGCUGUUCGUACGAAACCAGAAAUGAAAUCCUCCAUUCUUGCGGCGACCAACUCUGUGCGCACAAAUCCCUUACACUGGCCGAAGACGCUCCUUUUCUAUGCCUAUUCAUUAUGGUUUAUGCAGUUGCCUAGCCUCAUCUCCAUCGCCCCAAAUAAGCGAAAAAUCUUGUUCUUGGCUUUUCAUGCAAUGCAUCGUGCUGGAGUUGAACAGAACGCAGUUACCUACGGAAUUUACCACCGCGAGCCGAGUGUGAACGCUAAGUUGUAUCUACAAGUUGUGACCAAGUUCAAAAUCUGCAUAAGAUCGAAUGCACAUGCAACGUACCCUUCUGCUACAGAUACACAAUCAGUGAGUGAUAGUGGAUAUCACAGUGAUAAAGCAGCGGAAGAGAAGCGUCUGGUAUAG